CAAAUGAUGAGAAAGAGUGAGACAAAAAAAAAAUACACACCACAUGGUCUGUGGCAGUCUGUGGGUCUGGGUCGUUGUGGUGUGUGAAAUUUGGUAAAAUGGCGUUGAACAUACCAUGUCUUGCUACAAGAGGAACAACUGGCCUCAGUAUCAGUCAUGGACCACCAAAUUACACCGAGGUGUCUGCUUUUACAAAAGAUGAGCAGAAAAAUGUCAAGGGAAUGACAUUUAGCCCAGAUGGAAAAUACUUUGCAUGGAUAUCUGGUGCUGUUGUCAAAAUAUCUGAAUGUAAUACGUGGCAAGUUAUUGCAACAAUUCAGAGUCCCAAAGUUCAAGCUAUUAAAUUUUCUAGUCUUGGAACAUAUUUAAUGACAUGGGAGCCAUUUAUUGUGUCAAAAGCAAAUCCUGAUGGUGGCCCACAGCUUCACAUUUUAAAAAGUGAAAAUGGACAACUUGUUAAAAGUUUUACACAAAAAAGACAAGCUGAUUGGGAACCACAAUGGUCAUAUGAUGAAAAAAUAUGUGGUAUAUUAAUAAAUGGUGAAGUAUUUUUUUAUGAAAAUGCAAAUUUUGAUAAACAUACUUAUAAAGUAAGUGUUACAAAACAAGGAAGAUUUAAUAUAUCACCAGGUAAAUUACCAUCAUAUUAUAUUGCAUUUAAUUUUCCUGGUACAAGUGGACAACCAUCAUUUGCAAGAUUAUUUGAAUAUGGAAAAUUUGAUAAAGACCAAUCAUUGGCAAAUAAAAGUUUUUUUCAAACUGAUAGAAUUGAAUUUAUUUGGAAUAAUGAAGGUACAAGUUUAUUAAUGUUAACAAGUAUGGAUGUUGAUAAAACUGGUGCAUCAUAUUAUGGUAAACAAUCAUUACAUUAUUUAAGUAUAAAAGGUGAAACAGCAAUUGUUACAUUGAGUAAUGACGAGAGUCCAAUUCAUGCUGUUAAAUGGUCACCUAAAAAUACAGAAUUUUGUGUAACAUAUGGUUUUAUGCCAACAAAAACAACGCUAUUUAAUUUAAAAUGUGAAUCAAUAUUUGAAUUUGGUAAAAAACAUCGUAAUUCAAUAUAUUAUAAUUGUCAUGGUAAUAUAUUACUUCUUGGUGGUUUUGGUAAUAUUGGUGGUAAUGUUGAACUUUGGGAUAUGAAAAAACGUAAAUUAAUUGCUGAAACAAUUGCACCAGAUUCAACAUUAUUACAUUGGUCACCAGAUGGUGAACAUUUUAUGACAGCAACAACAGCACCAAGAUUACGUAUGUCAAAUGGUUUUAAAAUUUGGCAUUAUACUGGUACAUUAUUGUAUGAAAGACCUUGGAGUAAACAAGAAGAAUUAUGGGAAGUUGUAUGGAAAAAUUAUCCAUCAAAUACUUAUCCAGAAAAAUCAAUUAAUUAUACUGCUGUUGAAGGUAUUACACCAAGUCAACCACAAGCCUCCAAAGAAGCAUAUAGACCACCAUCAGCAAGAGGUAAAACUAUUAAUUUUAGUUUACAUGAUGAUGAUAAUAAUAGCAAAUUUGGACCACCAACUAAAAUGCCACCAUCAAAAGCAGCACUUAAAACUAAAAAAAAACGUGAAGCUAAAAAAAAAGCUAAAAAAGAACUUGAAGCUCUUAAUUUACCAAACAUUGAUGAAAAUGGAGUAGAAAUUGAAAAUUUAUCAAUUAAACCAAUUAAAAAUACAAAUAAAAAUCAAGGUGCUAAAAAAAAUGAUGCAAAAGAUGCUGAUCUUACUGAUGAUCCGGAGAAGAAUAAAAAAAUUCGUAAAAUAAAAAGUAAAUUGGAACAAAUAAACAAAUUGAAAGAACAACAAACAGCUGGUAAACGUUUGGAAAUAAAUCAACUCGAAAAACUUUCAACUGAAGUUCAGCUUGUCAAAGAACUCAAAGAUUUAAUAUCGUGUUAAAAAAGAAAA